AUGCCAGGCUUGAGAAGUCGUGCCACGUGGGCACCACUGCUCCUGAAGUCGUCCAGCAUCAGGUCCUGUGCCAACGGCUGUUCUCUUGGCAUCACAGCACAUCUCACCUAUGCCAACACUGAGGCCGAACCAGUGGAGGGUGUCUUUGUGUACCCUCUGGAGGAGAAGGAGGUGGUGGUUGGUUUUGAGGCGGUGGUCUCAGGUCGGCUGGUCAGCGUGCAGAUCCAGAGUCGUGGGAAACUGGAGGACUGCUGUCUGGACUGCUGCCCGGGCUCGCUGCUCGAUGCCCAGUGUGGGAACGGCAAAGACUGGUGCUGCUGCAGAAACGCUGGAGGUCUGGACAUGCAGUGCUCCAACGGACAUCUUUUACUGGAUGAAGAUCUGGAAAGAGGCACCUUCAUCAUUGGCACUGGGCUCAUCAGUCCAAUGGAGAUAGUCACAGUCAUCAUCAGCACCACCCUGGAACCCCCUACGCUGGAGAAUGGCGCAAUCCGCCUGGUGUAUCCCACAGUGCUCACACCAAUUGUCAGAGCCAGGAUGCAACCAAGUAAAAGUGAAAAUGGGGGAAAGUCAGAUGAAAAUGGCCCGACAAAGUGUUUCGGCGCCACGUCCGGUAAGCAGGAGCGUUUGCUGGGCGGUGCCAGUCAGCAGUGUGCCCAUGCCAUCUUCACCAGCCCUGCCACCAACCUGUCGCCGUACGAGCUAAGCUUCCAGCUGCUGGUGAGAGGAGCCUGUCUGCUCGCCGGUCUGGAGAGCCCCACCCAUGCCCUGCGAGCCGACGCUGACCCCAGCGCCCAGUCGGCCUCCGCCACUUACAUCACCUUGGCGGAGGAGCAUCCGUACGACCGACAUUUGGAGAUCAUCCUACACCUCAGUGAACCUCACAGCCCAUUGGUCAUAAUGGAGAGGGGCCGGGUCACCUUCGGCGAAUAUGAACAGCAGAUCGUCGCUCGCCGCGAUUUCAUUCGCUGUGCCCGCAAGGAGGCGGAGCCAGAGAAGAGGCUGGAGUUUGUGAGGAAGCGAUACCAUAAAGACAUCUUGUGCAACCCGGUUCUGAUGCUGAAUUUUUGCCCGGACCUUUUGAGCGAACCGCUGGAGCUUCAUCAGGCCUCCAGAGAACUCCUCUUCCUCGUCGACCGCAGUGGCAGCAUGAGCGCGGCCAACAUGAACAAGAUUAAAGAGGCCAUGCUGGUCGCCAUCAAGAGUCUGCCCCCUGGUACCAUGUUGAAUAUCGCUGGUUUCGGCUCCUCCAUCAAAGCCCUCUUCAGCUCCAGCCAGCCCUGUACAGACGUCAGUCUCACUCAGGCAUGUGACUAUGUGCAGAGACUGAGGGCUGACAUGGGCGGGACUAACCUGUUGGGAGCGCUGUCCUGGGUUUACCAGCAGCCUGUCCACCGGAGCUGCCCACGACAGCUCUUCAUCAUCACAGACGGCUCUCUCAGCAGCGUGGGUAAAGUACUGGAGCUCGUCAGGAGGAACUCAUGUAACGCCAGGUGUUUCGGCAUUGGUCUGGGUCCUCGUGCAUGCCGAAGGCUUCUCCAAGGCGUUGCCAAGGUGACCGGAGGCAGCACUGAGUUUCUUAGCGAGGAGCAGAGACUGCAGCCCAAGCUAAUCAGAAGUCUGAAGAAAGCGCUAGAACCUGUCCUUACGGACGUACGUAUAGACUGGUACGUUCCAGACAAUAUGGAAGCUCUCCUCUCACCCAAUGAGAUCCCUCCGCUCUACCCUGGGAAUCGUCUGAUUGGUUACUGCACCCUUUAUGACGUAUCUGCAUUCCGAAACAGGAAGUAUGAGGGGCGGAGUCACGGGUUUAAGGGCGUGUCCCGCGGCUCCGUCAGCUCGGUGUUCGGCCAUUCUCAGGAUGAGAUCUCCUCCCCGUUGGCUGGGGAGCUGCUGCAGGCGGUGGCUGCUCCCGCUGAGGGGGAGGACAUGGAGGAGGCCCUGCGUGAGAUCUCACGAGAGAUCUCCUCUGAGUUCUCCUGCGCCAGAGCCCCGGACAGCAACACCAACGCCACGGCUGAGUUUGAGGGCUUCAGUGACGUGCGGAGGCGUAUUCAGCAGGAGCAGUAUGUGCAGGAGCAGUAUGUCCUCACACACUGCUCCCUGAGCAGCGAGCGGGGCCUCCCGUCCUGCUCUCCCGCCUCCGAACCCUCCGUCCCCGCCGUGGACACCGGCUCCCUGCCUCAGGGCCUGGAGAAGGUGGUCCCGCCCGAACCCCGCGGCCUCUCCCGCUGGGAGACGCCAUGGCAACAGACCCCCCCCUCAGACAACACAGACCCAGGAGCAGGGCGGGCAGGCAGGCCUCCCGACAGGGAGGAGUCCAGACGCAGACAGAGGGCCUUGGCUCGCUCCGCCAUGUCCGGACGUAGCUUCUCCUCCCCGCAGGGCGAGCUGGACAUGCAUCGGCUGCGGCGCGCCCUGGAGAAGGUCUCCUUUCACCAGGCCGUCAGCGGCAGACUGGAGGAGAGUGACGGAGAACUACAGAGCAGUCACAGCCCACGACACGACAUCUCACACAGGAGCCUGACGGAUUCCAAUGGUCUGCUGUUCCCCGCCUCUCCUCUGGACUGGGACAACUUCACUGAUCCAGAGAGCUUGUUUGCAGCUGCUCCUCCAGACGAGUGCCAGGCUGCGCAGAUGCAGUGCCGUUCCGUCAUCCACGGCCUGCUGGGAGAGAAACCCAUCACCUGGGAGGUCACUGUCGACCUCUCCCUCCUCUGGGCCCCCGAUGGCACACAGGGCGUGACCCCCGACCCCUGGCAAGAAAUGAUCCAUCAGCUGACCGCCCGUUCUGUUAUCAGGGACUUUGAGAAUAUGGCAGAGAGAGAGUCUGACAUUGAACACGGGCCCGCUAAACGGUACCGGAUGAAAGCCAUCCAGACCAGUAAGAGCUGCAGUAUCAUCAGCAUGUACACGUCCUUCAUCGCUACCGACUCCAGCACCGGCAAAGGCCUGGCCAACAGCACGGACCCCCGCGGCGCAGGGGUGCGGUUUAGGACCAGACGCACCUCUCACGCAGGGAGCAGGAGACAGCGAUCAUACUCUGUGGGGUUUGGGCGUCGCCCGUCCAGCAGAGACAGUGAGGAGCUGGAGGACACUCUCACCUCCACAGACCGGGACGACACACCUGCUUCUCCCUGCAGUCUCACGUCCUGGGACAGCAGCACAGGGGGAAGCGUGUAUCCUGCUAGCCCCCCGGCCACAUCCACGCGUUCCCAGCGCUCUGUAGACAGUCGGUCUCUGGACAGCUUCUUUGGCUCCAGGUUCAACUUGGGCAGACUACGGACCAGUAACGCCUCAGGGAAACAGGCCCCGCUGAAACCCCACUGUCUGUCAGCCGAAUCUGAGAAACACUCGGAUUCUGACGCCCCCGAUUACCUGCCUCUCGUUCGUCUCCAGUUGGCGUCGGGGGCUUUUCUCCUGACUGAGGUUUACUGUGAGUGUGUCCAGAUUCCUCUGGACCGCCUGAAGAGAGCCUCGCCGUACCUCAGCCACCGACACAGCCUGAGUCCCCCUUACCGCUGCACCUCUCCCCCUACCUCAGCCCCCAGUUCCAGAGCUAGCGCCCUCCAGGGGCCGGAGGACCAAAUCACGGCGCCCACCGUCAGGCCUUCCAGGAACAGCCAACGUGGUUGCCAUGACCGCGAGGCGCCUAUCACCACCAUUCUCUCAGACCCGCCGAGCUCAGAGGACGGGUCUCCGGAACCGGUGGGCGGGCUCCCGCAGGCCGACAGCGGGCGUGGCUCCGAGACAGACAUAUGCGAGGGUUCGCCGGUGGAGCCGACGGAACUUCAGGGCGACCAGUUGGCCCAAACGGAUUUGGAGGGCUCGACCUGGGCCACAGCGGUGGCCCUGGCCUGGCUGGAGCACCGGUGCGCCGGGUUCUUUGUGGAGUGGGAGCUGGCGGCGGCAAAAGCUGAUUUUUGGCUGAGGUGUCAGUCAUUACCUGAGGGCGUGGACUUGGCUGGGUUGAGGGCGGCGGCUAGGCAGCUCUUCCUGCUGUUGCGUCACUGGGACGAAAAUAUCAAAUUCAACAUGUUGUGUUACAACCCCAACAACAUGUGA